GUUAUCUGCCGCUACAGAAGCAGACUACAUAUGUUAACAUCCGCUAUGCACUUGAUUUUUGUGCAAUUCUAUUUCAUUAAUUAAUGAAUCAAACACUAUUAAUCUCUGUAAUUUUAACAUUUGAACAUUAUAGUAGUGUAUAAUUGUAGUAUUUUGUUAGCUUAAAUUAAUAUUUAGCAUGGCGAUUAAAUUAGUUUCGAAACUAAUUUUAUUAGUAGCAUGCUUUUGUUUAUUACUAGUUCACGGAAUUCCUAAAAAUCCUAACGAUGUUCAUGAAAAGUUACAAACACAACAGAAACAUUUUAGAGGUGAAGAACAUGAUCCCAACUAUGAUCAUGAAGCAUUUCUUGGCCAAGAAACUGAAGAAUUUGAUAAUUUAACUCAAGAAGAAAGUCAAAGAAGACUUGGUCUUAUAGUUAAGAAAAUUGAUAAAAACAAUGAUGGGUUUGUUACAAAAGAUGAACUUAAAAGUUGGAUUAUAUAUACUCAAAAACGUUACAUUAUGAAUGAUGUUGAAAAUCAUUGGAAAAACCAGAAAGUUAACAAUGAAGGAAAGUUAUCUUGGGCAGAAUAUCGUAAAGACACUUAUGGCUUUAUGAGUGAUGAAGAAGCAAAUGUCGCCCAAAAACAAGAUGAUUCAUAUACAUAUGCUAAAAUGAUACUAAGAGAUAAAAGAAGAUGGGCUGCAGCAGAUUUAAAUCAUGAUGGUUUACUAACUAAAGACGAAUUUGUAUCAUUUUUACACCCAGAGGAAAGUAAUCACAUGAAAGACAUUGUUGUCUAUGAAACAAUGGAUGAUAUGGACAAAGACAAAGAUAAUAAAAUUUCUAUUAAAGAAUAUAUUGAGGAUUUAUUUCCUGGAAUAGAAGAAAAUGAAGAACCUAGUUUUGUUAUUAGUGAAAAAGAACAGUUCAAAACAUACAGAGACAAAGAUGGGGAUGGAUUUUUAGAUAUAGGAGAGGUAAAAGAUUGGAUAUUACCUGAAAAUUUUGAUCAUGCUGAAGCAGAGAGCAGACAUUUAAUAUAUGAAUCAGAUGCUGAUGCUGAUGGUAAAUUAACAAAUAAUGAAAUAAUUACAAAAUAUGAUUUAUUUGUUGGAUCUCAAGCAACUGAUUUUGGUGAAGCUAUUUUGAAACACGAAGAAUUAUGAACAAAUUUAAUCGGCUUAAGAUUUUUAUUAGAGAACAUUUUUUUUAAAUUUUUACAUAAAAAUUAUACUAACUUAAUGAAACUUUUAUAACAUUAAAAUUAUAAAUUUUAUGUUCUAAAAUUAAAUUUAUAUACAUAUGAAAGUUACAAGAUUGUAUACUUAUAUUUUUGUAUGAAUAAUAAAUGUUAUUUAAUUAUUUUUUA